AUGGAACCACCAGUUAUUUGCCACACCACCUUGGGGAGGGGGGUGGCUCAUCUGUCCCAUGUUGGUCCUGUUCCUGCCUUGGAGGCACCACUGGUACCUCACAAGGACAUCCUGGCACCCUCUGCACUGGCUUUAACACACUCCGUGGAUAGGACUCAGUCAACCAUCUGCCAAGUCUGCUCGCAAAGACAGCAGGAUGUCAUGGAAGAGCCUAUCCGCUUAGGAAUCCUGAGAGUUCAGCCCUGGCCCUGGCUCAGUCAGUGGUGUGAGGUCUCUGGUUCUCAGUGUUCUGAUCUAAAUAAUAGGGUAAUCCUUGAUUUGGAGCUUGUGGAGGUGUUGAGCAAAUGA